GGUAAGCCCAUGGAGGAGAACUCGCCGCCUCGCCGCGGCGGCGGCCGACGGCUGCCGCCUCCGUCUCCCUCAACGGCGGCGGCGGCGCCGGAUACUCCCUCUCGGGGCUCCGGCCAACUGCUGCCUCCUCCUCCGCGUCUCCGACUCCAUCAACGCCGGCGCCGGAGACUCAACCCUUUCCCUCCGAGCUCCGGCGAACUGCCGCCGAUACCUGCGUCCUCCGCCUCGGUGCCGGAUGAUGUUUUUUGUUCUUCUGAGUAAUGGAAGAAGCAGAGAGCCCUGGUUCAGUUUAAUGGAGUCCUACUGAAGCUUAAGUUCAGAAUUAUAGGAGUGGAUGGAAAUGUUGUGUAUGCUUUUUUGUGACAUUUGAAGAGGUAUGUUUUUUCUUUCCUUAGGAUCAAAAAUUAUUUAUUCAGGAUUGCUGAAUUAUGGUUGAAAAUGUGGAUGCCAAGGUUGUGAGUUAAACCUGAUUUUUUACAUUUGUGUGCUGAAAUAGUGUCUUGUCUGCCAUCAGAUAGCCUGAAUUUUUUUUGGCAACCAAAUCCCAACCUGGCUCAUUUAGUUCUGAUUUCUGAAUCCAGCAUAUAUACUUGCAUUUCCCAUUUUCUAAAAAUAAUCAUGAACACGAGCCAUUUUUUUGCUGUCCAUCUCAUCAAUCAAACAGGUCGUGAUCAAGAUAGCUUGAGAGAAUCACAAUAUGGUGAGCAAAAAUAAACUAAAAAAGAAAUAACGAGAAAGAUGUAAGAAGCAUCGCAUUUAAGUCGACAUGGAUGGAACAGGGAUACAAGGGAGCCCUCCUCACUGAUUGCAUGUUUGAAACUCAGGACACUCCAGCCCAGCAGGCUUACCUGUCAGGAGCCCACUACCCAUAUAUAUAUCAAACAUAUGCAUAUUUCCAAAUUAUUCCCCCAUACCAUACAGUAAUCCAAAUCCACCAAGAAGAUCAAGUCAAAUUGCCCACACAUAUGUCAUAACGACAGAGGGAAGAAAUUAAAAGGGAAAGGACAUGAUCAGCAUUCAACAUAUAGGAAACUAGGAUGUUCUUCUGAUGUUGCCUUAACUGCAUAGCCUGCUUAUAUGAUGGGUGUAACUUUUGGUUUUUAUGCUUCCUGUAGGUCACAGUUAAGUCUGUUCCAAUGAAUCAAUGAUAUGUAUGAUAAAAAUGAGUUCUGAACAGUUCCUGAAAAUUUUUUGCUGCAGUAUCUCUAUUACAAUGACGUGUGCAUGCAUACAGCAAAAAAUACAUGUGGUACUAAUUAACACUUGUUCUGUUGUUGCUAAUAUGGCACAAAUAUGAUGUAAUAAAGCACUACACCAUGUGCUGCAAUUAGGCAAUUGUACUGAAACUACUAUUAGCGCAUUGCAUUCAUGCAAUUGAGAGGUCUCUAUAGUCUAUAGUCUAUAGGAACCAUAUCCCUUCAUGAACUUCAGGAGUAACAAAACCCUCUAUAUAUACGCACACGCCCUGCACUCCUCUCAAAAACACAAGCAACAGCUUAGCUAGUAACAGUAGGCCACUACUAGCAUCACUGCAUUUCUAGUUAAGUAACAACACUAGAGAGAGUAAGGAGUAGUGAGACCAUGGGGAGGGAUCAGGCAGCUGCAGCAGUGAUGCAUGAGAAGGUGAAGCUGUUCAUAGGAGUGCUGGCCCUGCAGUUCCUGCUUGCAGGAUUCCACAUUGUGAGCAGGGCAGCACUCAACAUGGGCAUCAGCAAGAUUGUGUUCAUCGUCUAUAGGAACCUCAUCUCCCUCGCCUUGCUCGCGCCCUUCGCCUACUUCCUCGAGAAGAAAGAUAGACCACCACUGACCUUCUCUUUGCUGGUGGAGUUUUUUCUUCUAGCACUGUGUGGGAUAACUGCAAACCAAGGUUUCUACCUCCUAGGGCUGUAUCACCUUUCACCAACUUAUGCUUCUGCAAUACAGAACACAGUUCCUGCCAUCACCUUUGCCAUGGCUGCCGUCCUCAGGCUUGAGCAAGUAGACCUAGGCAAGAGGCAUGGGGUGGCCAAGGUGGUGGGCACGGUGGUGAGCAUAGGUGGUGCCACAGUGAUAACUCUCUACAAGGGCCUACCACUGUUCAAUCACAAUCUGAACAUCAAGUCCCUGUCUUCCUCGAGCCUCAUCCUCAACUGGACUCUGGGCUGCGUCUUCAUCCUUGGCCACUGCCUCUCAUGGUCUGGAUGGAUGGUUCUUCAGGUGCCAGUUCUGAAGAGGUACCCAGCUAGGCUGUCAGUUCUAUCACUGACCUGCAUCUUUGGGCUCCUCCAGUUCCUGGUCAUUGCAGCCUUCACUGAAGAAGACCUGAGCAGAUGGAAGGUGAACUCCGGAAGCGAGCUGUUCACAAUCCUCUACGCUGGUCUUGUGGCAUCUGGCGUGGCGUUUGCUCUGCAGAUAUGGUGCAUCGACAGGGGAGGGCCGCUGUUCACCGCCGUGUUCCAGCCGGUCCAGACCGUCGCCGUCGCCGUCAUGGCCGCCAUCAUUCUCGGAGAUCAGCUAUACUCAGGAGGGAUCAUCGGAGCAGUUCUGAUUGUGAUCGGGCUGUACUUCGUGCUGUGGGGCAAAAGCGAGGAGAAGAAGAGCAAGAACAACAACCUGCAGGACCAGCCGGUGCAGGGAGGAGGAGACGACAUCAGGAGGCAUCUGCUCGGACAAGAAGAUGCAUCUCGCAAAGACGAAGAAGCUGCAGUCACUGAUGAACUGGCAUGACGAUCGAUCGAAGGGGCGUUCUUCACCAGUAAUAUGCAUGAUGAUGUUGGAGUUGGAAAAUAUGUUGAUGUCAGUGACUGUACUUUCUUAACUAUAUUAAUCAAAGAAGAAGAUCCAAGCGUGCCAGUGUAAUUAAAAACAGUACUGCUAGCUGGUCCUCACUCACCAGUGAUAUACUAUAUAUAAUUGCUACGAAUCAGUCUGUGUAUAUCUCAAGCUGUAUAUUCAGAGUUAAUGAUAUAAUAUUGCCAUCACUUGAACAAUUAGCACAUAAA